UAUUUCUACUUUGUUUAACAUUAAUUUUUAAAAUAAUAAUGACCUCUCAGCCUUUUGUAUCCUAACUAGACUACAAACAUAACCUACUACUCCCACUCCACACUUUAUAUAUUCCACCUCUUCCUUCUCUUCUUUCUUCAAACCUUCAUUUUCUUACACAAUCUGUCAUCUAUGGCUCCUAUUGGAGAUAAUCUUGUUGUUUCUAAUGUCAAGCUUGAGAAAUUGCUUUGUAUGAAAGGUGGCAAAGGAGAGGCUAGCUAUGCCAAUAACUCCCAAGCCCAGGCCUUACAUGCUCGAUCUAUGCUUCACCUUCUAGAGGAAACCCUAGAUAUGGUGCACCUCAGCUCCCCGGAGGUCCCAUUUCAGGUGGUGGAUUUAGGAUGCUCUUCCGGCAACAACACAAUAUAUAUCAUUGACGUGAUCAUCAAGCACAUGAUGAAACGAUAUGAGUCAUCGGGACUUGACCCACCUGAGUUCUCUGCAUUUUUCUCCGAUCUCCCUAGCAACGACUUUAACACCCUUUUUCAACUCCUUCCUCCCUUAGCCAAUUACGGGGGUAGCAUGGAAGAGUGUCUAGCCGCCAGUGGCCACAGAAAUUAUUUUGCAGCUGGAGUUCCCGGUUCAUUUUAUCGGAGACUUUUUCCAGCGAGAUCGAUUGAUGUUUUUCACUCAGCAUUUUCCUUGCAUUGGCUCUCUCAGGUGCCGGAGAGUGUGGUAGACAAGAGAUCAGGCGCAUACAACAAAGAAAGGGUGUUUAUCCAUGGAGCCAGUGAGUCCACAGCAAAUGCUUACAAGCACCAGUUUCAAACUGACCUUGCAGGAUUCCUAAGAGCAAGAUCACAAGAAAUGAAGAGAGGUGGGUCCAUGUUCCUUGUCUGCUUGGGCAGAACUUCUGUGGACCCCACAGACCAAGGUGGGGCUGGGCUCUUAUUUGGGACCCACUAUCAGGAUGCUUGGGAUGAUCUUGUUCAAGAGGGGCUUAUUACAAGUGAGAAGCGCGACAAUUUCAAUAUUCCUGUGUAUGCGCCAAGCCUUCAAGACUUCAAAGACGUGGUAGAAGCUCAUGGCUCAUUGGCCAUAAACAAGCUUGAGGUUUUCAAAGGAGGGAGCCCUCUGGUAGUUGAUUGUCCUGACAACGCCGAUGAGGUUGGCCGAGCUUUAGCCAACACAUGCCGGAGUGUAUCCGGUGUGCUUGUUGAUGCCCAUAUUGGUGACCGGCUAAGCGAGGAGCUAUUUUUACGGGUUGAGCGCCGAGCCACAAGCCAUGCAAAAGACCUACUAGAGAAGCUACAGUUCUUUCAUAUAGUUGCAUCUCUUUCUUUGGCUUAGGGAAAAAGAAAAACGGGAGGAAAAUCCUCUAUUCUUGUGUGGUAUUUUCAGUGCAAAGGUGAUUAAAGAAAACACAAACGAGAGGAGAAAAGGCUUAAUUUGAUUUCACUAUGUAAACUUUUCCUCCUUUUACUUGAUGGGUUUUGUGACUUCGUGUUCCCCCUUGAAUCCAAAUAGGUAAGUAAAGCUUGUAAACCCUCUUCAUUUUGCUUCCUUUGUAGCUAAUUAUUUAUGUCUA